UUUAAAAUUGACAGGUACAUAUUUUUUCAUCUUUUGUUAGUCACAUUAUUUCGUGUCCUUGAUCCUUUGAUCUCUCUUAUUUUUAUUUUUUUUCUAAUUUUCUCCUUUUUAAACUUCGCUUUUCUUUCCUCCUUAAACUGCACAGUUUUUCUUCAUCUCAUUCCAAAAUGGCUUUGAUUUGGGUCUAAUUUUUUUUUCCCUCAAAAUUCCAAUUUUCAGCUAUGACUUCACUUAAAACCCAUUCAAUUUUCCUCAUAUCAGCCAUCUUCCGUGUGGGUUUAAUCCUGUAUGGAGAAUGGCAAGAUGCCCAUAUGGAAGUUAGAUACACAGAUGUAGAUUACCUUGUUUUUUCUGAUGCUGCUUCUUUAAUGGCUUCUGGUCAUUCUCCUUAUAAAAGAACCACUUACCGUUAUUCACCGUUACUUGCUUUUCUUUUAAUCCCCAACUCUUUUCUUUCUCGUUCUUGGGGCAAGUUUCUCUUCUCAGCUUCAGAUUUAUUUGUUGGGUUGUUUAUCCAUAUCAUAUUGAAGCAGCGUAAGGUGCCUGAAGACCUGUGCACAUAUUCCUUGUUGAUAUGGCUUUUCAACCCCUUUACCUUCACAAUUGGAACUCGGGGAAACUGUGAACCUAUUGUUUGUGCCAUACUUUUGUGGAUUGUUAUCUGUCUUAUGAAUGGUAAUGUUCUACAAGCUGCAUGUUGGUAUGGUCUUAUUGUUCACUUCAGAAUUUAUCCUAUAAUCUAUGCACUUCCCAUCAUCCUUUUUCUUGAUCCAUGCUUUUUCCAAUCUGGUGUGAAGCCAUUGCUUUGUGAUUGGACCUCUGAUCAAGGAAAGACUCCUCAAAUUAAUUCAGAAGUGACUGAUCAGUGUGAUGUAUGGAUUGCAUUUAAAAGCAUUUUCACAAGGUCAAGAAUUUUGUUUGGUCUGGUUUCAGGGAGCGUUUUCCUCUUUUUUACUGGUUUUUUCUUCUAUUUAUAUGGAUGGGAAUUUCUACAUGAGGCAUUGCUCUACCAUCUUACUCGCACGGAUCCAAGACACAAUUUUUCCAUCUAUUUCUACCAUAUCUAUCUUAACUACGAACGUGAGCUUUCGAUUCUGGAAAAGCUCAUCUCCUUUUUGCCUCAAGUUAUAGUGCAGUUGGUUCUUGUUUUCUGCUUCGCCAAGGAUCUCCUAUUCUGCUUCUUUGUACAGACAGUGGCAUUUGUAGCAUUCAAUAAGCGAUGCAUGAAUUUGCAUUCUUCAAAAAGUUCAAGGCAGACCCGACCAGGCAUUAGAUUGUACUUAACCCAUCUAGUAGAGUCUUGUGUAUUUAUGCUGGACUUACUCCUUGGACAGGUAAUCACAGCACAAUACUUUGUCUGGUUCUUUUGCCUCUUACCUCUUAUUCUGCCAUGGACCAAUAUGAAGCUUAAAUGGCAAGGUCUAUGUUGCAUUCUUUUGUGGAUUGGAGCUCAAACUCACUGGUUGAUGUGGGGUUAUCUGCUUGAGUUUAAAGGCAAGAAUGUCUUUUUACAGCUCUGGGUGGCAAGCUUAUUCUUUCUGGCUGCUAAUACUUUUGUCUUGAUCAUGCUCAUCCGGCACCAUAACUACUCUCCGGUAUUCAGACGACAUGCAGGUUCAAAGACAACACUAAAGAGCGAGUGAGAGGACAAAGUCUUGCAAGUUGCAACCACAUAGGAAUAGGGAUUCAUUAAAUCAAAAAUGGUCACAACAUUCGAGCUUUAAUUAUAUUUUUUUGUGGUGAUAGGGUUUAGAUUUCGAACUUUUUGUGGCAUGGCUUGUAAAAACAGUUAGAGGGAGAGAGAGAGAGAGAGAGAGUUUGUCUCUCAAAUUCUUUCCCCUCGGGCUGAAUCAGAUGGUAGAGUUGAGAAGUUAAAGAAACCAUCAAUGGAGUAUCAAGUUUGACAUAUUUCAGUUACUUUCUGCAUAUUUUCGUGUUUGUUGGUUUUCAUUUUCUUAUUUUCUUGCA